AUGCUGCCUACCAGGCAUGGCUCCAGAAUGAAGGGAGGUCUAGAGUUGCUGCCUUCCAAAAAAGGACACAUCAUCAUUUAUUCCAGAAGCAAAGAAGGAAUGGACAUAGACAUAGCUUCCCGUUGGGCCUCAGCCUCUUGGCCACCGCUCUUCAUUUUGCUGCUUCUGGCUGGAAGGAGUGGCCGAGGCUGCCCAGCAGCAUGUGACUGUGCCUCCCAACCCCAAGCAGUGAUCUGUGCCAGCCGGCAGCUGGAGACAGUACCUGGAGGCAUCCCACCAGACACUGAGCUCCUGGACUUGAGUAGGAACCGCCUAUGGGGCCUCCAAAGGGGAAUGCUCUCACGCCUGGGACCACUCCUCGAGCUGGAUCUCAGUCACAACCAGCUUUCCACUCUAGAACCUGGGGCCUUCCAGGGGCUGCGAAACCUCCUCACUUUGAGGCUUCGGGGUAACAGGCUCCGAAUUGUAGCACCCGGGGUCUUCUCUGGCCUACCCUCCCUAACCCUCCUGGAUCUCAGCCUGAACCAGAUAGUCCUAUUCCUGGAUGGUGCCUUUGGAGAGCUGGGCUGCCUUCAGCAGUUGGAAGUGGGGGACAACCAUCUGGUGUUUGUGGCACCAGGGGCCUUUGUGGGAUUGGCAAAACUAAGCACUCUUACCCUAGAACGAUGUAACUUAAGCACUGUGCCUGGGCCUGCCCUGGCCCGACUCCCAGGGCUGUCCGGGCUGAAGCUACGUGAGUUGGACAUUGGUCGGCUGCCUCCAGGGGCUCUGAGAGGCUUGGGACAGUUACGGGAGCUAGAGAUCCACCAAUGGCCAGCUCUGAGGGCCCUGGAACCUGGGAGCCUGGCUGGGCUCAAUCUGAGCCAUCUAGCCAUCACUUACUGCAACCUGAGUUCUGUUCCCUUCCAAGCCCUGAGCCAUCUGAGCUUCCUCAGGGUCCUGGACUUGUCUCAGAAUCCCAUCUCAAAUAUCCCAGCCCGGAAACUGAGUUUUUUGGUACGGCUCCAGGAGCUCCACCUCUCAGGGGCCCACCUUGCCUCAAUUGCUGCCCAUGCUUUCCAUGGUUUGUCUGCCUUCUGCCUCCUGGAUGUGACCAACAAUGCCCUUCAGACUCUGGAAGAAGCUGCCUUCCCCUCCCCAAGCAAUCUGGUCACCCUGCGGCUGGCUGGCAACCCCCUGAUCUGUGACUGCCGUCUGCUGUGGCUACUCCGGCUUCGCCACCACCUAGACUUUGGCAAAUCCCCCCCAGCCUGUGCCAGUCCACUCCAUGUCAGGGGGAAAAACCUACGGGAGUUCUCAGACAUCCUGCCCCCAGGACACUUCACUUGCCGAGCAGCCCUGAUUCAGAAGUCGGGGCCACGAAGAGUCAGUGCAGAGGAGGGGCAGCAGGCUGUCUUCUCUUGCUCUGGGGAUGGAGACCCAGUUCCUACCAUUUCAUGGCGAGGGCCCCAGGGGACUUGGCUGGGUAGAACUGGACGAGUAAGAGUCCUCGAGGAUGGAACCCUAGAGAUCCGAUCAGUACAGCUUCGAGAUAGGGGUGCUUAUGUUUGUGUGCUCAGCAACGUGGCUGGGAAUGACUCGCUGAGCACCUGGUUAGAGGUGAUCCGGAUUGCAUCGCCAAACGGGACCCUUUCUGAUACCAAUGCCACCACUCUGGGAACCCCAGGACCCUUCUUCCUGGAUAGCAGGGGCCUGAUUGUAGUGUUAGCUGUUGGCUUCCUCCCCUUUCUCACCUCUGUAACCCUCUGCUUUGGCCUCAUUGCCCUAUGGAGCAAAAGCAAGGGACGGGUCAAACAUCACACAACCUUUGACUUUGUGCCUCCUCGGUCUUCAGGGGAGCGGGGUGCUGGGGGCAACCGAGUCACUGCCAAACUCUUCUGA